AUGGCUGACGCCGGGUCUCAGUCCGAGCCGCCGGCAUCUGUAGAACUCAGUGACGACUUCAAGAAGCCAGCCUUGCCAGGGUCCUCCGUAGUGACAGUGCGGGGGAAGGCUUCGACCAUCAGUCCUACGAAUCCUGGAGAGCUGACGGAGGAAUGUCCCACGGCGCUGCCGGGGCCCGACUCUGGGGAACCCGAAGUUCCGUUGCUUCGGCCGGACGGCGGGGAGACGAGGAGUCUCCCGGAGCAGCCAGUGCGUCCCCCGACUGGAGUUUUUUCCCUAGGGGGCCCGGCCCGGACACCCCCAUAUCAAGAGCCUCCUUGGAGCGGCCCGGCCACCGCCCCCUACAGCCUAGAGACUCUGAAGGGCGGCACUAUUCUCGGCACCAGUAGUUUGACAGGAGCCAGUUGCUGCCUUUUCGGGAGGCUUUCUAGCUGCGACAUACGCCUGGAGCAUCCUUCCGUGUCGCGGUACCACGCCGUGCUGCAGCACCGAGCGCCCGGCGGGGACGAAGAAUGCGACAGCCAGGGACAGGGUUUCUACCUGUACGAUCUGGGAAGUACCCAUGGCACUUUUCUCAACAAAACUCGCAUCCCACCCCGCACGUAUUGUCGAGUCCACGUGGGACACGUGUUUCGCUUUGGAGGCAGCAGUCGGCUCUUUAUCCUGAAGGGACCAGAGGAAGACAGAGAGGCAGAAUCUGAGUUAACAGUAACACAGUUGAAGGAACUGCGAAAACAGCAACAAAUGUUGUUAGAGAAGAAGAUGCUAGGAGAAGACUCAGAUGAGGAGGAAAUGGAUACCACAGAAAGCAAGGGAAAUACUAGUGGUCAAGAUGAUGACAUGGGCUGCAACUGGGGGAUGGGCGAAGAUGCUGUAGAGGAUGAGGCCGAAGAGAAUCCCAUUGUUUUAGAGUUUCAGCAGGAAAGGGAAGCCUUUUAUAUAAAGGAUCCAAAAAAGGCCCUCCAAGGUUUCUUUGACCGAGAAGGAGAAGAAUUAGAAUACGAAUUUGAUGAACAGGGACAUAGCACUUGGCUCUGCAGGGUGAGAUUACCCGUGGAUGAUUCAACUGGGAAACAGCUGGUGGCGGAGGCCGUUCACUCAGGAAAGAAAAAGGAGGCAAUGAUCCAGUGCUCAUUGGAAGCUUGUCGGAUUCUUGAUACUUUGGGAUUGCUACGGCAGGAAGCAGUAUCUCGGAAAAGGAAAGCCAAGAACUGGGAAGAUGAAGACUUUUAUGACAGUGACGAUGAUACAUUCCUUGAUCGGACUGGCCUGAUUGAGAAGAAGCGUCUGAACCGAAUGAAAAAAGCUGGGAAGAUUGAUGAGAAGCCGGAGACCUUUGAAUCACUGGUUGCAAAGUUAAAUGAUGCUGAAAAGGAACUUUCUGAAAUUUCUGAGAGGCUCAAGGCUUCAAGCAAAGCUCUCUCAGAGUCGGCAUCUCAGGAUUCAUUAGAUGCGUUCAUGUCAGAAAUUAAAUCAGGGAACGCAUUAGAUGGUGUGUCCCGGAAGAAACUUCACCUGAGAACUUUUGAACUAAGGAAAGAACAGCAGAGACUUAAAGGGUUAAUAAAACUUGUAAAGCCAGCAGAGAUUCCUGAACUAAAAAAGACCGAAAGUCAGACUGCAGAUUCAGGAAACAAAGCUAAGAAGCUUACGUUGCCUCUUUUUGGUGCCAUGAAAGGUGGAAGCAAAUUCAAAUUAAAAACUGGAACAGUCGGGAAGUUGCCUCCCAAGCGGCCAGAACUCCCUCCAGCUCUAAUGAGAAUGAAGGAUGAGCCUGAAGUAGAAGAGGAGGAAGAGGAGGAUGAGGAAGAAGAAAAAGAAGAGCAUGAAAAUAAAAUGGAGGAUGGAAGUGGGGGGCUGCUGCCAGAGACAGAGGCAGAAGCAGCAGCGCAGGAACCGAGAGCUCCCGCAGGCCUCCCGUGCUCCACGGAAGCAGAGGGCCACGAAAACAUGCCUCAACACAGCCAAGUAGAGCAGAAUGAAGGUUAUCAGGAGACUAGUGAGACAGCUUCAUCGCGAGAGGAGCCCUCAGCAUCAAAGCAUGCAUAUGAGAAUAGCACCAAUGAACUGAAGAAAAAGGAAGCUCCUGGUCCAGCCAAAUUUUGUACACUUUCUUCAAAAUACCCUGAAGAUGAUCCAGACUACUGUGUGUGGGUUCCACCUGAAGGACUGAAUCUCUCUGCAGGCUGCCCUUUAAUUCACUGUGCAGCCCAGGAUGGGCUCAAACUUGUGGCAGUACUCUUGCCCCAGCCUCCAGAGUGCCAGGACCACAGGUCAAAGUGGAGAUGGCAGAACUCAUCUUAAUGACAAGUACGGCUACUGACUCCCUUAGGCUCCCACAGGACAACCUGCAGACAGUGAACAUAAGAUAUUUUGGAUGCUAUGUCGUGUGGAGGCGAGAGAUGUUUAGAUGAGCCUUUUUUUUUUUUUUUUUUAAUCGGUAUUGGGGAUCAAACUCACAACUGUGCGCUUGCAAGGCAGGCACUUAUGCCACUGAGCUAAAUCCCCAGCCCCUUAGAUGAGCCUUUGUAUAGUCAGGUGACUGGCCUUUUCUUCCAUGCUCUUGGCUGCUUAAAUUUGUCCUCCCAUCUGAUUCUUCUGAGAUUUUGGUAUUUAUGUUUAAAGUGCUAGUGUAUAUAUGUAAAAAGGAAACCAUAUACUUUGGGAAUUAGAAAAGUGAGAUACGUGAUUCUGUUAUAAAAUGAGAAUACAAAAAAUGUCUGUACUGUUGAUUUAAGAUCGAGCCUCUUAAGACUUAGGGACUUGAGAAGGAAGUCUUGCCUGGCAUGUGUGGGGUCCUGGGUUUGAUCCCUGCAUCAUGACAAAACACAAAGCAAACCAAAAAAGGGACCAUACUUUUCCUGAGCAUUGUGAUGCCUCUGGCAGUCAGGCUGUAGAAUUCACUGGUAUUGUAUCCUCAAAUAACUGUUGAAAUAUAAGGGUCUGCCUUGGGUUUGACUUGGUGGGUCAUCAUUCUUAGAACUAAAAAUAGAUUUAUAGUGGGGCUUCGUACUGAUUCCAAGUAUAAUUUUCUUACCAAGUUUGAAAGCCGACCCUGGCUUAUCAGGACACAGUUAACCAUGGCACCGUCUUAUGCACAUAGCCACUGGUCAUAGCCAUGCACACAGCCCACUCAACGUUCUGCAUUCUGCCUCAUUGGUUACUUAUCCCUCCUCUGUGGAAGAACAUAAAUAAGGUCAUAGAGUGGAAAGCAGAGUGUGUUCUCUUUAGGGUGGGACUUCUCACUUUGGAGUGGGGAGUGAGUGUUCCUUCCUCCCCGGACACAGGAGGAAAUGCAAGAUGUCUUUCUCCCUGUCCUCCUGCCUGUCAUUAAUGCCUCACUCUGUAGGAAGGAAAGUCGGAGAGUGAAGCGGGGUGGAGAGCACUUGAGUUAGUUGAAGGCAGACAUACUCAGCAGGAGCAUUGCUACGGCCCCCUAGAGAGUGUGUGAAGCUGCUGCUUUCCUAAAGUGGAAUAUUUAUGAAGGAAGAGGAAAAGCAGUAACGGGCAACUUCAGUCACCCUGGCAGAUGUCGGAAGUCUGAUCCACUGAAGGAAGGCGUAGUGGCAUGCUCCUGUAAUCUCAGCACUAAGUCAGACUGAGAGAAAGUCACAAGUUCGAGCCCAGCCUGAGCAGCUUAGUGAGACCCUCUCAACAUAAAAAUAAAAAGGGCUGGGGAUAUCCAGACAUGGUGUCACAUGCCAUAUAUCCAGCACUAUGGUAGCUGAGGCAGGAGGAUCAAAAGUUUGAGCCUGGCCUUGGCAUCUUAGCAAGACUCUGUCUCAAAAGAAAAAAAGGCCUAGAAUGUAGUUUAGUGCAAAAGCCCUUGAUUCAAUCUCUAGUACCACUAAAAAAAAAAAGCGUUGGAGCUCAGUGGUGGAGUUCCCCUAGAAUCCAUCCCAGCUUGAAAAGAAGGAGGACUGUGGGUACCAUGGAAACUCAUUUUGGACUUCAUUCAGACUGAUUGGAUAGAACUGGUUGAUGAUAUAAGGUGUGACAGGGAUUUGGGGUUAGAGUGACCAUACCACCUUGAGUCAAAGUGGUGAAUGGAGAUCCGAGACAGACAUUGGUCCUUAGAGAUGCAGCUCUAUUCAGAUAAAGUUGUAUGUGGACUCUAAUUCAUGAACAGAUAAAAAUAGCCUUGCUCCAGGUGAAGCGAAGGCCCUGCAGUUGGUGCUGCAAACACACACACAAAUACACAAGUACACACGUGCACAUCCUUUCCUCUCUCUACACUGUUAGUGGACUCUUAAGUCCUAGAGGCUCCACAGGGCACAGCCGCUUCAGGAACGCAGAAUUCUAAGUGUUCUGGGGACGGUGGGUAUGGCCCCAUGUGUAAAGACACUAAGAGCAAAUAGAAUCCAUGCACCAAAAUAAAAUCUCAACUGUAACGUGUACAGUUGACACCAGUGGCUGGUGGACUUGAUUUAAAAGCCCUGCACAUGAGUCUUCUCUCCUUCUGCUGAGUAGGUGACUGGGCACAGCACUGCAUUCUCCUGAGUCUCAGUUCUGACUGCUCAAUGGGGCAGCAAUGCCUCCUGCUCUGAGAAACUCAGAGGUGCUGUGCGUAUCAAAUGAGAAGGUGGAAGUGGGUUUACUUUCCAGGGUUUUGUAGAUGUUCGUAGUUGUUAUUACAAAAAGGAGGCGGAGCCUAAUGUGUGCUCCUGUCUUUUUGUAUUUGUGAAUGAGAACAUCAUUAUAUCAUAUUUCCUUGAAAAUAAGACCUAACCUGAUUUUGAUCCCCAAUACUGAUGAAAAAGCAAAAAAAUCCUGCAUAAUUAAACACAUCAUAGAACAUUCUUGAGCCUUUUUUUUUUCUUUUGGUACAGGGAUCAAACUCAGUGACUUUGUGCUUGCCAGGCAGGCACUUAUGCCACUGAGCUAAAUCUCCAGCCCAUCUUGAGCCUUUUUAAAAAAAUGUAUUCUCAUAGGGGCAUGGUGGCACAUGCCUAUAAUCCCAGCACUUUGUAAUCCCAGCACUGAAGGUUGAGGCAGGAGGAUUGCUGCAAAUCCAAGGCCAGCCUGGACUACAAAGACAAUCCAAGGCCAACCUGAAAUGCAUGGUGAAACCCUGUCUGAAAAAACAAAAAGACUUCAAGGCUUAAAUCAGGAUGAGAUCGUGCCACGGACCUUGCCGCUGCACUGUAAUGGGAGGAUCAGCCUCCACUGUUCAGAGGCCAGCUUCAUGUAGCUCUGUCGUUCAGCACUUGGAAAGACGCAAGGCUUGGGAAUAGGCUGGUGCCAAGGGAGGAAACAGGUGAAGAAACCGAGGCCUUGAGAAGUAAAAGUUCUGUCGCCAUCGCUAUCUCUGCCGCCGCUGUGGGCUUUCCUGCAGUGUGUGCCCAGCCUCCCCGCAGGAGUGGUCCGGAGGAUCAGUUCAUGUCUAUGAAGUUUCUAUAUUAACCUGCUGUUCGGUUAUUAGGGUGUUGUCUGUUGCCUUUGUCCCCUUCCUUUCUAUUCUUUCUGCUUUUCCCUGAGGGCUUGGAGUGAUUUUCCCAGUGCUGAUUCAGCCCUCCUCCCCAGCUGUGGAGUCAGGGUUGCUGCUGGCAGCUCACUGAUCUUUUCCUAGACUUCCAGCAAAUGAAUUUGUUUCAUUUCAAAGCUGUUUGUUUGUUGUUUUAGAGAUAGAAGAUGUACUUCUUUCUUGGCAUUCAUUCAGGACAGUAUAUCCCUAAGAAGUCCCUUGAUUGUGUGGCCUUUAUUUUUACUUCUUGUAUGUCUAAAUUUGUUUUGGUUUUGUUGGUCACAGAACUGGACGCGCAGCUUCAGGGCAGUCAUAGCUAAUACCAGAAGCAGCAUUGAGCCAGAGCCAGUAAAGGGCAGGCGUGGCUGAAACUGGGAGAGAAAGCAGAGUACAGAGACACUGCUCCAGAGUCUCAUUUCCUUUCCUUCCUUGAAUCAAAACUCCGAGAACAAGGCCUCGUACUAGGCGUGUGCAGUGUCCCUCACAUUCAGUUAAGUUUGUUGAGUGUGUGCUACAAAUUUUUUCCUGAAAUUGUCCCAGCUCAGCUUAGGAGGUACUAAGGCUUGCUAGUUCCUUGAGGUCCACACCCCUCCCCAUUAUUACUUUACUGGAACUACUUGGAAAUAAAACCCCGGUUCCCAAUUUGGAAGCUAUUAGCAGCAGCCCAAGGAUCUAUCUCUGGAUCCCUGAAAUGCUGCCACCUCCUGGAUAGGAAGUGACAAGUGACAGCAGCCAGCCAGCAGCUGUGGAUGGCUUCCUGAAAGUGGGCGCCAGAGGAAAGCUGCCAGCCCUGUGGCAGGAACCAAAGGCCCUGGGAGCAGGGGCUGAGUUCCCACAUAGGCUUUGGUCCAACCAGAGGCUGGGCUGCUGGGAAAUGACACAGAACACUUGACUUUUGGGAAGUGGGUCACUGCAUCAAACUGCAUAGCCUCCUGGUGUAACUGGCCACUGAUCCCGAGAUGCCUCACUUGGAAACAAUUUUCAAGAUGUCUUUGGUCUCUGAGCAGACCUGUUCCUGUGUUGAAGUUAGAGGUUUGGCACCCAGUAACGCAGGGUGAAACAGACAAAAAAGCCCUGCAUCUGGGGAACGGGUCCCAAAAGCCCACGCUCACGCACCCGUUCCAUAACAUCAGUUAAGGAAAGGAGCAGGGGUUAAGGGCAGGAAGGGAACUCUAAUCAGCCUGGCCAUGCUAGGAAGCAGAGAAGUUCAAAGUCGGUCUUCAAGGGCUCACAGAAGUCUCAGAUUUUAUAGAAAUGAGGAAUAAAGGCAAGCGUUGUGGGUUCCUAUAGCUGGCAGAGUAGGUAAUCUUGAUCCGGUUGUGGUCUGGUGGCCUGGUAGCUCUGCACUGGUUCUGGGAGGCUCUGCGACAGCCGUCAUCGCUAGAGGAGGAAGCUUGGUCCCAUCGUGAGAUGAGGGCAGCCUCAGUUCCUGACGUGGGGUAACCGCUCAUCACUGGGUGGUCUGGAAGCCUCUGCAGGUUAAGGACAAUGACUCAAGGCUUCUAAGUAUCAGCCCAGGGAGUCUGGACUGGGUGCUGCAAAAACUGGCAAUUGAAUAGCUCUGCACAUUCUGAGAAUUAACUUCUUUUACUCCCAUCUUGUGUCCUCAGUCUUGAAGACAAUGAGAGAGGCCAAGUAACUAGAGCUAAUAAACUCUGUAGCACAGGCACUCUGGAAGUACAGAGCUGAGCAGGGAUCUCACGCGAAGUGUGAGACAGUAAGGGAGAUGUAAAAAUGAGGGCAGAGGUGCCAGACUUUAUCCUGCUUGUAAUUAGGCAUCUCAGACCAAGAUUUUAGGUGCCUGUUACAAUUCCAGAGGAGACCAGAAAACCUGCCCUAGGAUGUGGCGUGGAAGAGGCAGGUCAGAGGCCCAGCACACAAGGGGACAGUGGCUCCCACUAAGGGCUGCUUUUCAUUCCUCCAGGCAGAGGUCUGAGGAUUUUUCUCAACACUGCUCACUGCUGUGAUCCAGAAUCCUGCACCUCGCGACCCCUCACAGGUCUUGCUUCACUUUUGCAUCACAGUUCCAUGUACAUCUCAAGUCCAUGCUGAGAGGGAUGGCUUGCUUUGAAAUCUCUAGAGGUUCUCUGAUAUCCCAAGGGUGAGGUCCAAGUUUGUUGUUUUUUUUUUUUUUUUGUCUUUUUCCUUUUUAUUGGUACCAGGGAUCGAACUCACAACUGCCUGCUUGCAAGGCAGGCGCUUAUGCCACUGAACUAAAUCUCCAGCCCCAAGGUCCAAGUUUUUUUGAGGUCUUAUUAUCCUUUAUCUUAGGAUUUCCUGUACUUUUCGAUCCUCAUGACCCCACAGUGUCCUUGCCCUUCCCUUUAUGUCACUUGAUGAGACACCCCUGAUAGUCUAAACAAACAAACUAAACAAACAUUUUCCUUUUCCUUCUGCUUGUGUAUCUUCUAUCAAGCCUUGCUCUACAAGCCUUGAACUGCAGUUUCCUUGUCUAAUAAAUAGAGAAAAUAACAUAUACUAGUAGUAUUGUUGUGAGGAGGAUCAGUUAACUAAAAUAUAUGUAAAAUCUCAGCCAUGUUCAACAUAUAACUGCUUCUUCCAAAAAUGUAGUUGCCAUUAAUAAUAUUUUUCUUGCUUAUGUUUCUUGGAUAAGCUCCUGCUCUUCAGUAGACUAUAUUCUUUAGAGUGGUUACAUGUAAAUACAAUGUGUUUUAUUCAAGGAAUUUGAACAUCUGUUAUGGUUUGUGUCUGGAUGGCCCCCCACAGCCUCAGGCAGUCAUGGGAGCGGGCUUCUAGAAUUUGUGAUUGAUUCAUGGUCCAAUGCAGGGAUUAUGGGUGUGAGUGCUACGUCAUCGUAGGGUGGGUGUGGCCUACAUACAGUAUAAGAGACAGGGUCUUCUGUGUUCUUCCCCCUUUGCUCUGGUUGCUUUUGUUGUCUUCCACCACCAUGAACUGUUGCCCUCUGCCAUGAGCCACCCUGCCUUGGAGCCAGCAGACUAUGGACUGAAACUUCCACAAGCUGUAAGCUAAAUAAACCUUUUAUUCCUUAA